UUCUUUCCAACUGAACUCGCAUUCGCUCGCUCUUCCAUCAGCAGUUGAGAUCCACGAAGCCUAGCAAGAAGACACAGUGGUAGUCUUUAGGGGUUUUCCAAUUAAUUUCUCUUUGAGUCUGAGAGUCUAAACCCCUAAAUGAAAUGAAAUGUCUUCUUCGUUAACUUGCACUAAGCUAACAAUACUCACAAUAACCGGAGUUACAAUCCAAAUCAUUGGCCUCUCACUCUUCGUUUAUGGCUUCUUUCCCGUCAAACCAGCCCUCUCCGGCGUCAGCGGCGCCGAGAGUUUCCGAGCUCCGACCUGUACUCCGGUUCACAAUCAGACCGACUCAGAUCUGCCUCCGCACAACCUCAAAUCGCUCUAUGAGGAACUAUCUGGAAUUGCUCCAUUUGACAGACUGGUUUUAAUGGUUAUUGAUGGUCUUCCAGCAGAAUUUGUGCUCGGUAAGGAUGAUAAGCCUCCGCCCAAGGCUUUGAUGGACGCUAUGCCGUACACUCAGUCGUUGCUAGCAAAUGGAAUGGCAAUUGGGUACCAUGCAAAGGCUGCACCUCCGACUGUUACAAUGCCUCGUUUGAAAGCUAUGGUUUCUGGUGCAAUUGGGGGAUUCUUGGAUGUGGCUUUCAAUUUUAACACACAAGCUUUAUUAGAUGACAAUCUUCUUGGCCAGUUUUUAAAGAUUGGUUGGAAGAUGGUGAUGUUUGGUGAUGAAACAUGGCUUAAAUUGUUUCCAGGAUUAUUUACAAGGCAUGAUGGAGUUGGCAGUUUCUUUGUAAAAGAUACUGUACAAGUAGAUCAAAAUGUUUCUCGGCAUUUGGGGGAUGAGCUAAGCAGAGAUGACUGGGAUCUUAUGGUUCUACAUUAUCUAGGGCUGGAUCAUGUGGGACAUAUUGGUGGGCGUAACAGCAUCUUAAUGGCCCCAAAACUUUUGGAGAUGGAUAAAGUGGUGAAUAUGAUUCAUACAAGUGUUAUUGCGGAUCAAGAGAAUGGCCAAGGACAGACCCUUUUGGUGGUUGUAAGUGACCAUGGCAUGACAUACAACGGUAAUCAUGGGGGCUCUUCAUUUGAAGAAACCGACUCCUUAGCUCUUUUUAUUGGCCUGAGAAAUGAUGUCUCUGAUUAUGCAUUGUACACUCUCAACACAGUUUGCCAGGUUGACAUUGCACCUACAUUAGCCCUUCUAUUUGGUGUGCCAAUUCCUAAAAACAAUGUUGGUGUCCUUCUCUCGGGCACUUUUGGUUCAUUUACAGAUGAUCAACAACUGAAAGCAUUGGAGUUAAAUUCCUGGCAGUUACUCAGAUUACUGCAAGCACAAUUACCUGGUUUAUCAUGUGAAAAUUCCCUAUGUGAUGGCUUUAGUGAUGAUCAAGGGUGUAGGAUAAAUAAGUGCAGUGGGAAUAUAGAGAAUACGAUUUGCUGCUUAUAUUUGAAAGCCACAAUGCUUCACAGUUCAUGGAGGUUGAAGGAUGUCUCCAGUAGGUCUUAUAGUAGGGAAGACUACAGUGGCAUUGUUGCAGCAUAUUAUGAGUUCCUGAAAACUGCAAGUGAGUGGUUAUCACGCAGAGUUACUGAUAAACCUGUUAACCUUCUUGCUUUUGGAGUUGCAGCAAUGAUGCUGUCAUGUCUGAUAUUGUUGAGCCUUAUAUUUUCUUUCUACAAAGAAGUUUACAAUACAAAGAUGCAACAGUGUUUUGACUCAAAGUAUAGUAUGCACACUUGGAGUUUAGACGAGACUUUCGUCUUGGGAGUUAUCUUGAUACUUGUUGUAAGUAUGGGUUCAAGUUCCAUGGUAGAGGAAGAGCAAUAUAUUUGGCAUUUUGUGACUUCCACAUUAAAUAUGUUAUUACUCCGUAAAAUGACGCAGUCCCUCCUAGUGGAGGCAUCACGAAGUUUGUUUAGAUUGUACAAGGAAAAUAAGAAAAUUGCUUUUCAAAUGUGCUCCAUCUUUGUACUUAUUAUUUCCGGAAGAACUUUGAGAGGCUGGCAUCAAGGAGGUGUGAAUUGGACUUAUCUUCCUGACAUUUCAAAGUGGCUUGAGAAAGCUGGAAGCAACCAUGUAAAAUCCAUUCAGCUAGUCUCUGGCCUCCUGAUGAUCAGCUUGUGCUUGUUUGCUCUAUCUUUAUCAGGAUCAACGAGAAAAAUUAGUCUGGUGGUUGGGUUUAGCUUUUUGAUGUUUGGGCUGUUGGUUUUGCAACAUAUUCAGAAAUAUCAAGACAACAUAUUUGCGUCAUCAAAUUAUAAUGCUACCUUAUUGGCACAAAUCAUCUUUGCAGGUCUGGGUAUUGCCACAAUUGGGACUUUCGUGGCCUAUCCAUGGCUAAUGCCUAUUUGUGUAUCUAAUAUUUACUCAAGUCAUCAUAGCUUCAUGUCAGGUUCUGUUCCCAUUGAAAUUCAAAACGAGUAUCCGCUUCUUGAAUUGAAAAAUUCUUUAUAUUUGAUUGGAUGGGCAUACCUGUUCUGUUGGUGUCUUCUUCAGCUACUACUACAACAACCGAUUAAUGCACUGCCUAUGUUAUUGCUUUUUGUGCAAAUCUUGGCAAGCUUAAUUUAUGCUUCUAAUGGCGGUGUACAUCAUAAGCAGUGGGUUGAGAUUGCUGCGUUGUACUAUUUGGGAAUGGCAGGCCAUUUUGCGCUAGGGAACAGCAAUACUUUGGCUACCAUUGAUGUUGCUGGAGCUUUCAUUGGUAUGUCAAGUUACUCAACUCUACUUUCUGGCAUCUUAAUGUUCAUCAUCACCUAUGCAUCCCCCAGCUUUUUUCUUCUUAGCAUAGUGAUGUAUAUAUCAGUGGACACAAGCUAUCUUGUAAUUCCCCAGAAAGCAGAUUCAGAACAUCUUCUCAAGAAUAUGCUUGCAUUUCCUUGUCUGGUUCCACUGGGCGUGAAUUCCAUUAUCUUGACUGCAUACACCAUCGUACUGCUGUUGAUGAGGAAUCAUCUAUUUGUUUGGAGUGUCUUUUCUCCAAAGUACCUCUAUGUCUGUGCAACAACAUUAUGCGUCUAUAUAGGUGUGUCUUUUGUGUCUGCAACUGUGAUUUAUUCAUAUUUGGUGCUGGCCCUCCGGAAAAGGAUGCAGGGCUUCUCUAGUAUUGACACAAGAUAGAACUCACCAAGAAACCCAAUUUUGAUUCUUAUAACCAAUGCACAACUAUUUCUUUUCCUUUUCUUUGUUUUGAUUCAUUGGAAAAAAAAAUUAUUUGAACAGUGAAGCUAGUUGGAAUGAUAUUAUGAGGUAUUUAAGAAAUAUUACUAUGUUAUUUUA